AUGUCUUUACUGGCGAAUGGGUGGACACGAGUAGCACAACUGGUGCUGAGGAGUGGUCAUCCGGGACAGUGUGGACAAUGGGGACAAUGUGUCCAAUUGGGAGGAGUGCGGCAUAACGUGCGCUGGUUUUUCGAGAAGCCCUCCGAAGUGAAGAGAAUCCGUAAACACGGAUGGAUUGCACGCAUAUCCACACCAAAGGGACGCAAUAUAGUCAUGAGACGGAUCCUGAGGGGCAGACAUGUGUUGACCCACUAA